CUAUUUUGUACGAGCUAAUAUGUUUUAAAGGUUAGGAAGAUGGCAGAAACGGAUGACACCUUCACUGGCACGGAGCAUCCAUACCAAAAGCCCCAUGGACUACAGAUUGCAUCAACUAUCAAUCUUCGUACAGACCCAAGAUGUCGAGGGUUCUUUGAAGACUGCUUCCAGCAAGGUCAGAUGGGAUCCUGUGUUGCGAAUGCAACCGCGGCUUGUUAUCUCUUCGAGCUCCGCAAACACAAUGUUCUCAACAGUAUUCCUGGCGAGACAAUCAUUCCAUCUCGACUCUUCAUCUACUACAAUGCUCGCAUUGCGUUGUCUCAAAAUAUCGCAGACAGAGGGUGUUUCAUCCGUCACGCAUUCAGAAGUCUGGAAAAGUAUGGAGUAUGCUCGGAAGCUUCUUGGCCCUAUGAUAAACUCAGAACAAAUGAUAAGCCGCCCGAUGCUUGCUUUCAAGAGGCACUCGAACACAAGAUAUCUACGCAUGAGCGCUUGGAUGUCCAUCGUAACGCAAAAGGACCUGAUUCAACCUUGGAUAUGGAUGCGGAUGGUGACAUUGUCCUCGAAAAUCUUCGAUCUUGCCUCAGUGAAUGUCGCCCGGUGGUUUUUAGUCUCACUUGGAAGAUUGGGGAUGCUGUGUGGGACAGGGACAGACCAAAUGGCAUGUGGCACAUUCAUGCGAUGGCAAAGACGAGGCACUCCAAAGUGUCCCUGCCAAAAGCUGCACAUGCUGUCAUGGCUGUUGGUUAUGAUGACAAUUCAAAGCAUGUCCUUUGCCAAAAUUCGAUGGGUGUAUCGAAAUUUCUUUUUUGGAUUCCCUAUGAUUGGAUCACUGACUUUUAUGCUACGAGCGAUUUUUGGACGAUGAAAAUAAGCCUUCAAACCCCUACAAGAAUUUCUUGAAAACU